GGCGGGAGGCCCCGGGCGAGCCUGGAACCGGAAGUGAAGGCAGCUUCCCGCCUCCGUCCCCGUUGCUGCCGCCAUACACGCUCGCAGUGCUUAGCUCUUCUGUCGGAAACUGGUGUCUUUCCCCUUGCUGUUCUUCAACCCCUCUCUUUGGCCCUUGCUUCCUCACCUGCUCUGGGACACCUAACUCAGAGACCUCCCUUCUCCCCCUGCCGGCCCAAUUAUGGCAGAGAACGAUGUGGACAAUGAGCUCUUGGACUACGAAGACGACGAGGUGGAGACAGCGGCUGGGGCAGAUGGGACCGAGGCUCCCGCCAAGAAAGACGUCAAGGGCUCCUAUGUGUCCAUCCACAGCUCUGGCUUCCGAGAUUUCCUACUCAAGCCAGAGCUGCUCCGGGCCAUCGUUGACUGUGGCUUUGAGCAUCCAUCAGAGGUCCAGCAUGAGUGCAUCCCGCAGGCCAUUCUGGGGAUGGAUGUCCUGUGCCAGGCCAAGUCAGGCAUGGGAAAAACAGCAGUGUUUGUCCUGGCCACACUGCAGCAGCUGGAGCCUGUUACCGGGCAGGUGUCUGUGCUGGUGAUGUGUCACACUAGGGAGCUGGCUUUUCAGAUCAGCAAGGAAUACGAGCGCUUCUCUAAGUACAUGCCGAAUGUCAAGGUGGCAGUGUUUUUUGGCGGUCUUUCUAUCAAGAAGGAUGAAGAGGUGCUGAAGAAGAACUGCCCACAUAUCGUCGUGGGGACUCCUGGCCGAAUUCUAGCCCUGGCUCGAAAUAAGAGCCUGAACCUCAAACACAUUAAACACUUUAUCUUGGACGAGUGUGACAAGAUGCUUGAACAGCUCGACAUGCGUCGGGAUGUCCAGGAAAUUUUUCGCAUGACCCCCCAUGAGAAGCAGGUCAUGAUGUUCAGUGCUACCUUGAGCAAAGAGAUCCGCCCAGUCUGCCGCAAGUUCAUGCAAGAUCCUAUGGAGAUCUUCGUGGAUGACGAGACCAAGUUGACGCUGCACGGGUUGCAGCAAUACUACGUGAAACUGAAGGACAACGAGAAGAACCGGAAGCUCUUUGAUCUUCUCGAUGUCCUCGAGUUCAACCAGGUGGUGAUCUUUGUGAAGUCCGUGCAGCGCUGCAUCGCCCUGGCCCAGCUUCUAGUGGAACAGAACUUCCCAGCCAUUGCUAUCCACCGUGGAAUGCCCCAGGAGGAGAGGCUCUCUCGGUAUCAGCAGUUCAAGGAUUUUCAGCGGAGGAUUCUUGUGGCUACCAACCUGUUUGGCCGAGGCAUGGACAUUGAGCGUGUGAACAUUGCUUUCAACUAUGACAUGCCAGAGGACUCGGACACCUACCUGCACAGGGUGGCCAGAGCGGGCCGGUUUGGCACCAAGGGCUUGGCCAUCACAUUUGUGUCAGACGAGAACGAUGCCAAGAUCCUGAAUGACGUGCAGGACCGUUUCGAGGUCAACAUCAGCGAGCUGCCCGACGAGAUCGACAUUUCCUCCUACAUUGAGCAGACACGGUAGAGGACUCGCCUGUUGGGUCUGCUGUAGAAGAGGACACGGGUCAGGAGGAGACACUACCGCCCCACCCGACCGACACCCAUGCCUCUGCCCACCCUAUCUAUGCUUCUCUGCGACACCACCACUCCUAAACCUAGUCCUGAUUUAUCAGAGUUGUUUGUUUGUUUGUUUUUGUUUUUUAACAAAACUAAGAAUGAAACAACUGUGUCUGUGGUCUCUGUAA